GGCAGUGGUAUUUUUUUAACUCAGUGACUUGACACUUGUUUAUCAAAUCGAUACGCAAUAACUUCCAAACAAAGUAAAAUUGUUGGGUGUUUGAAUUGUUUAGUCUUUUAAGCGCCGAGACUUGGGAUACACGAAGUAGAAAUUUUUGUUUCGAAAAUGACAAACAUUUUAGGUGUUUGUCUAUUUUCAUUGCUGUGCUUUUCCUAUGCAAGUAUAACAUCAGCACGGCAAUUACCGAAAGAAUGCUCCAAAGGACCCUCUUAUUGGUGUCAAAAUCUAAAAGUUGCCUCCGACUGCGGAGCCGUUGGCCACUGCAUCGGCACGGUAUGGGAAAAGCAAGAAAUUGAUGUUCGUCAAAAUGAAGUAUCCGAAAAGAUAAUACGACUCUUCAGACAACUGAAGGAUGUUAAAGAUCUUAUUAAUAUGGAGUACCUUGCAGCACGCAUGAACUCAGCGUGCCGCGACGUGCCCGACCAGACAAUCACGAAGUACUGUCGCGAGCAUACCGCUCAUUUGGAAGAAUAUCUUCUAGCACUGUUGACUUCGCAGACCUCGCCAGAGACAAUGUGCAGCGUCGUCGCUAUGUGCAACAGUGAAAAGCUUGACAAUGUCUUGUCUAUGAUUAAAAAGAAAACAACGACACCUAAAACACCGACUGAUAAAUAUGGAGGUAAAUUGUUGGGAGCUUCGAAAUGUACGUGGGGACCAUCUUAUUGGUGCAGCAAUUUCAGCACUGGUCGUGAGUGCAAAGCUACCCAUCAUUGCGUGAGCCGCGUGUGGCCGCGCGCUGAAUACCCUCAGGAUAGCGACAGCAUCUGUAAGAUCUGUACCGACAUGGUAAAACAAGCACGCGAUCAAUUGCAGAGCAACGAGACACAGGAGGAACUGAAAGAAGUAUUCGAGGGUUCAUGCCAGUUGAUACCUAUCAAAUUGGUACGUAAAGAGUGUAUAGUGCUGGCUGAUGACUUCGUGCCCGAGCUGGUGGAGACCUUGGCUUCAGAGAUGAAUCCGCAGACAGUCUGUUCGGUGGCCGGACUCUGUAAUAGUGCCAGGAUAGACCUUAUGCUCGAAGACUAUAACAAGAAGUUAGAGUUACGCAAAGACUGCAACAACUGUCGUACCACUGUUGGUGUGCUGAGGAAGAGGUUUGAUGAUACAUCAUAUGAAGACUUCCUGGUCGGAUUACUCAAGAUGUGCGGUCAAAUGGGUUCGUUCUCGGAUUCAUGUUCAAUGUUAGUGUUCAAAUACUAUGAGCACAUAUUGGCUGGAGUUAAGAAAGAUUUGACACCGACUGGUAUCUGUCAUUUGAGUGGUCAAUGUGCUGUCCGGUAUCACUCACACGAUCAGUAUGACUUCCCUGAUGUCAAAAUAGACCAGUUGAAAGCAACAGAUGAUGUACCGUGCGAGUUCUGCGAACAAGUUGUCAAACAUUUGCGCGACGUGUUGGUAGCCAACACUACCGAAUCCGAAUUCCAUAGAGUUUUAGUUGGUCUCUGUAAGCAAACGGGUUCAUUUAAAGAGGAAUGUUUAAGUUUGGUUGAAGAAUACUAUCCUAUGAUAUACAACUUCCUCGUGUCUGAACUGAAGGCGGAUGCUGUAUGUGCGAUGAUGGGCAUCUGUCACAACAAUAGUGAUGUGCCAGUUGCCGUCCUACUGCCUAAAGAGCUGGCUGUUAAAGUCACACAGUCGCCUUUGCUCAUUGGAAAUGAUGAAGCCAAUAGUUAUACCACUCCAAAGUUGGCACGAGUAAGUUUAAAGAAGGAGACAAACGUACGCAUUAUGGUCGGAGAGCAAAGUGCACAAGAUGCUCAGCUUCCCAUAGAGCGCAUGUACGUAGCGGCGCCGCAAAACAAAGCAGCCUGCUCCUUCUGUCAGUACUUCCUGCACUACCUACAAGUUGAACUCAGCGAUGUUAACAAUGAGGAUACGAUCAAAGAUGCGGUGGAGAAGGCGUGCGACAAGUUACCGGAUUCUGUGAACGGCGAGUGCAAGCAGUUUGUCACCGAGUAUGGUCCCGCUGUCAUCGCCUUACUAGUGCAAGAAAUAGACCCCGCCAGUGUUUGUCCCGCAUUAGGUUUGUGCCCGCAGACGGAGGAGGUGCGACGUGUGGCCAUUAACUCAGACAAGUCCAACUGCCCGCUUUGUCUGUUCGCAGUCGAACAACUUGAGACCAUGCUCAAGAGCAACCGCAGCGAGGAAAAUAUUCGUCAUGCAUUGGACAGUCUUUGUAACCAUCUAUCGGCCAAACUACGUACCGAAUGUGUUGACUUUGUUGACACAUACACCAACCAGUUGGUAGAGAUGUUGGCGGCCGAUAUGAACUCUACAGAGAUCUGCGUAUUCCUCAAGCUCUGCGAAGAUAAAGUUCACGACCCUCUCAAGAUUACACAGUCUAUUGACAAGUAUCACGAACAACCAAGUGCUAGAGGUGAUAGGAACAACUUCAGAGGACGGUCCAUGUUGCCCAAAGAAAUGCUGGAAACUGAUGGAGAUUUGAUGACGAACGAGAUCCCGGACCACACUGUCAACGGACGACCCAAGAAGGUUCAACAGAAGUCAGUCUGUGUCAUCUGUGAGUUCGUCAUGAAGGAGAUCGACGAUCAGAUCAAGGACAAACAUAACGACGAUGAAAUAAAGAAGAUAGUGCACGGCGUAUGCAAGCGUAUGCCUAAGUCGGUGCGCGGCGAAUGCGACCAGUUCGUUGACAAGUACUCGGACCUGGUGAUCAGUCUGCUGGCCCAGGAGUUGGAUCCUUCGGAGGUGUGCCAGGAGUUGAAACUCUGUGAUCCCACCGGCAUUAGAGCUGUCAAAGAGGCUAUCCUGGACUGCGCUGUGUGCGAGACGGUGGUGAUGGCGGUACGCAAGGUGCUCAGUAAUGACAAGAUCGACCACGACAUUGUUCACGUCGUGGAGAAGUCUUGCGCACUUCUGCCCGCCAAGUACCAUGACAGGUGCCACACUCUGAUGGAGGUGUACGGAGACAGCAUCAUCCACCUGAUUGAAGAUAUCGGCACGAAGGGUGUCUGCGAGAAGAUCGGUCUCUGCUCCGAUCGCAGCUCUGCCUACGUCCACAUGCAGACGCCGCAGACACGCAACUGAGUUGUUGUAGCAGUUUCCUUAGGGAAAUAGGAGGAAUUUCGUAAUCUCCAUUAUUUAGACCUUUUUUUACCAAAUGUAAUAAAUGUUUUUGUAACCGAUUACUAAAAUGUUUUCCAUUUUUUUUUUAAUUUUAAAUA